AGGAGGGAGGAGGGGCUCCCAGAGUGCUUUGCACUGCCAACGUAGACAAACAGGAACAUGGCUACCGGCGUUUAACACCAGCAGCCCGUCUGAGAACACACUUCUGUGGCAGUGAAACACUCACUGUGCCUCCGCGACGGAAGGAACAACGGGUCCUCGGAGAGUCAACCGGAGCCUCUGAAAACUGCGUCUUGUCGCUCCUCAGCCGCAGACAGAGCGUGGGUCAAAAUGGCAAGUCCAAGGACCAGAAGAGUUCUGAAGGAAGUGAGAACCCAGGAUGAGAAUAAUUUGUGUUUUGAAUGCGGGGCUUUCAACCCUCAGUGGGUCAGUGUGACCUAUGGCAUCUGGAUUUGUCUAGAGUGCUCUGGGAAGCACAGAGGCCUGGGGGUACAUCUCAGUUUUGUGCGCUCUGUCACCAUGGACAAGUGGAAAGACAUGGAGCUUGAGAAGAUGAAAGAAGGCGGAAAUGGGAAAUUCCGUUUGUUUCUUGAACUCCAAGAUGAUUAUGAUCCCACCUGGAAUUUACAGGAGAAAUACAAUAGCAAGGCUGCUGCACUGUUCAGGGACAAGGUUGCUACUUUAGCAGAGGGGAAGGAGUGGUCCAUCGAGACAUCACCUGCCAGAAACUGGACAUCUCCUCAACCCAAGACGAGCCUUUCAUCCUCUCACCGCUCAGGACCUGGACAAAACUCAGCAAAAUCUAGCGACAAAGCUUUUGAAGACUGGCUGAGUGAUGAUGUUAACUCUUAUCAGAGCGGAGGGGGUUAUAGUGGCAAUCAAGAGAAUCGGUAUGUUGGCUUCGGCAACACGGUGACCCCGGAGAAGAAAGAGGAUGACUUCUUGAACACCGCCAUGUCUUCUAUUUAUUCGGGUUGGAGCAAUUUUGCUGUUGGGGCUAGCAAGUUUGCCUCUAUCGCUAAAGAUAAUACAAGUAAACUGGCAAACCAAGCGACUUUAAAGGCUGCAGAGUUAGGACAGACAGUAAAUGAGAAUAUUAUCAAACCUACCCAAGAAAAGGUGAAAGAUGGCAAAAUGCUUGAUGAAAUGACAGUCGGCAUCACUGGGCUGGCAAACAAGUUCCAGGGAGCUGGUGCAAAGUUGACUAACCUCUUCUCUGGAAAACCAGAAGAUGGGUCUGCUGGAGAAAGCUAUCAGAACAUGGACGCCACUGAGGGAUAUCAGGGCAGUUCUAGCCAGCCUGUCUCAAAGGACUUCUGGGAAACCUUUGGCAGCACCACCUCCUUAAAGGCCAAGAAGUCUCCCAGCAGCGACAGCUGGACCAUCCCAGAUAAUUCCGCAAAGAAGAGCUCUGACAGUUGGGACAAUUGGGGCUCCGAAGCAGCGUCCAACAACAAACAGAGCACAGAGGAGAGCUGGGAGGCCUGGGACAACAACUGGGAUAACACGGAUGGUAAGACGAAGAAGAGUCCCACAAAACCUCCUGAGGACACCUGGGAUAAUGCAGACUGGUAGUGACCUCACAACCAUACCUCUCCCAUUUUUUCCCCUUUUCAGGCCUUCUCUCUCUCUCUCUCUCCCUCUCUCUCUCCCUCUCUCUUCUCUCCCCCUCUCUCUCCCUCUCUAUCUCUCUCUGAACAUCUCACUGGCACUUUCAGGGAAAGAGCUGUGUCCCCCUUAGUUCCUGUCAAUCCAUUCAAAAUACAUAUAAAAUAAAUCCAAGAUACAAUGAACAAAGCCCAGGGUGAGGUUGUGCGCAUUAUUGAAUAGAUAUUCUUGAAAAAUACAACAAUAUUGACUUUUAUUCAUUUAUAUUGUACAUUACCUUCAUCACAGGGAAUUACACUAUAUCAGCAUAGACAUGGUCAUAAAUUUACUGCCUGAACUCCUCAAAUAUAUUGAUGCUGGUUUGCAAUUUACUACAUAAAAGUAAUGCAUGAGAUGGAAAAUCUAACAUUGUAAAUAUGACUCCUUAUAAAUACAGUAUGAUUGACUCAACACUAAUCACAUUAUUUUCAUCAUGAGAAUGACCCUUGACCUUUUGCACAUAUUGUUUUUGCAAAAUUGAUUUUCAAACGCAUUUUUGAUCAAAUGGAGCCAUUUUCAGCUUAGAGGAACACAUUGACUACAAUAAAUCAUGAAUGAAUGAAUUAUAAUGAAAUAAUCUAAUAUGUCAUAUGUGAGGUGGUAAUGGCUUUUCUAUUGGUUAAUGUUAUUAUUUUGUGAGGUUUUUGUUUAAUUACAAAAAUGUGCAAACAGUCAAGGGGUUUAAUCAUUUCAUUUCGUUACCAAGACAGAAAAUUCUCCCAGAAUGCUUAGAUAUUGCUUUAGGGUAAAUGGUUGUUUCACGCUGGUGUCACGCAACAAACUGACCUUAAAAUUGCAUUUUUAUCAAAAUGGAUGUGUUUAAUUACAGACAAAUGACCUGUUGUUUUUGACUGAUUUAUACAAUAUUUUGAUUUUCAGAUCCAGUAUCAAUUGUAAUUCCCAUUCAAAUGCAUUUUUAAAACAAGAUUUCACAGUGACGAGGUAUUCUUGCAUCCUUUUGCAAUUAAUCACAGGUUUGAGCUGAAAUUAGGGGUGGAUUUUUGCAAUAUUAUGCUUUGUUUUUGUUUGUUUUUCUUCAUCUUAUACGAAAGGAGACAUAUUAUGCUUUUACAGUUUUUCUCUUUCCUCUAGUGUGUUAUAGAGGUUCUUUGUGUAUGUAAAAGGUUUGCUAAGUUAAAAAGCCCAAAGUCUGUGAUAUAAGGAGCUCCUCUCCCAAACAGAAAACACUGUAGUCCGGCCGAUACUUCAGCAGUAUCGCAAUGUCACUAUUGCUUAUUGUCUAGCACACUCCCCAAAAAGCCAGGUAAAGUGAAAGCGGAGGCUGAUACUUCCUAAAUGCGCUGGAAAAUUUUGACCAAUCACAACCAAGUGGGCCAGCGGGCCAAUCAGAGCAGGCUGGGCUUCAUUGAGAGGGGGGGCUUAAAGGAGUUGAAACCAAGCGUUUCAGACAGAGGCUGGAAAGAGGAGCUGCUCGAAUGGACAGUCUGAGGAACCUGGUGCGUUUUCUGAACAUCAGAGCAUGUAAACUUUUCAAGUAAUAACCCAAUUUAGAAUUAUCAAACUGAUUAUGAGCAUAAUCUGUCUCCUUUGAAGCUGACUGGUAUGUUUUAAAGCAAGAUUUCACAAGGCCAGGACAGGCUGCAUUCAAUUGUUGUCAAGUGGUUUAAACCAGGCCUACAUUGGGCCAGGCAUUUUGACAAACAGGCCUUCUCUUAAGUCCAGUUCAUAUUAUUAAAGAACCUUUUGGUCAUGAGCAGUUGUUUCAUGUUGAAGAAGUAAACGUUUGGGUCUUUUAAAUGAUCAGUGUUUAAAGAUUUUACAUAGCUUAUUGUAGAUAUUUUCCACAUAGAUCUGUGAUUGCAAGGCUAUUGUAUAUGCUGUAUGUACUGUAUGCAAGUUGUGUUUAUAUAACUAGAUACAGAUGGGAACUGUAGAUUAUCUGCAUGGUUUUGUGACUGCUGAAGCCGUCGGCCUGUUACUUGUGACCUCAGCUAAACUGACGGGCCAUUGUAAAUGUCAUCGCCCAUGAAGCAACUGUGUGUGAACUCUUCUCCACAUCUGUGUGAAGUGUCACUGCACCUUGGUUGCUAUUUAUUGUGAUGAUUUUGUGUCUCAGAUAUCUUUAAACUUGCAUUGACAUCUGAAUUGUGAAGUAAUGAUAACAAGGCUCAGUAUCUGCUGGAUGCUUAGAAUAGUCAUAGCUCUCAAAACACGAAUAUGAAUUAAUUAAAUCAUCAUAGUGCAUCCUCGGUCAGAUAAAAUGACAGCUGCACUUACCACUGUUCAUCAUAAAUGCAAAUGUUACACGAAAGGCUCGUUGAUUUUAACAAGUAGAAUUUAAAUUGAAAAUGAAGCCUAUUUCUCUGGUCAUCUUAAAAUUCAAAGAAGCUGUCAAGGUUUAGAAGAGACACAUUUUGCGGCACCCAACUUACUUAUGUGGCCUUAGAUUCUCUCUCUGACGGAGUGUCCUUUAUCUGACUGCAAAGUUUAAUUUGUUUGUACAGUAAUAACCUACAGAUGCUCAGUUUUCAUAAAUAACUAACAGCUAAAACUCAUUGAAUUGAGUUAACUCAACCAAUUUAAACUGACUUUGAAUUGUAUAAAAGUGAACAUUUACAAAAGUCUGGAGUUAUACAUCAGCGGGCAUCUUAACAUACAUAGUUUGCAACUAAUUCUUUGAGGCUUUGUGUGUGUGCGUGCUCAUUGGCCAGUAGUCAGUAAUCGACUGCUCACAGAGCAGUUUGCCACUAUGUUUGGUCCUCUUUGGGCCUUAUGAUUGGUAAUGUAACAUGUUGCCAUCACAGAUUGUGACCAGUGACGGAUAACUCCUGGGAACUUCAUUCCAUUCCCAUGUCCUACCUCUAUAAGCCUUCAGCUGAUAAGUACCCAGUAGUGAACCUGUUUUUUUUUUUGUUUCAAGCUCUCUGUAUGGUUUGACGUGGACCUUAUUGUAGCAGGCUUGGUUUCCUGGGACCCAUUUUCACCCCUGGAACAUUUGUGUCGCUUAACCUCCGCAGUCAUGUGUCAUGUGUGGUCAAGUGUUGAAAUGCCUUAAAAAGCUGUUUUUUUUUUGGUUUCUUAAUAUUGUCAAUCUCCGUGCGUGUCAGAUACAGUGAGUUGUUCAUGUCAAAUUAUCAUUACCCUCAACGUUUACCUGUUAUUACUGAAGCUUUAUGUCAGUUAUUUUGUGUUCUUUUAUUUUAUAAUGGUAUGACAGAAAAUAAAAUGAAUUGCCAGGAAAUAAAUGGAAAACUCUGCUGUGAUAUCUCAGAAUCUCAAAGCUUGUAAGUCUGAAAUACUCUAGUUUCACUUUUGGUGAAUGUUCUGUUGGGGCUACUGGUACAUUUGAUUUAUGGAUAAAUUGCAGAAUGUUAUUGAAUAAAAUGCAUCAAUUAGAUAUUGAUAUAAGUUAAUAAUUAAAAAAAUGAUGUCCCUUUUUUUUGCCACAAACCUGAAUUUAAACUUUCAUUUCCCAGAGCAACAGUUUUGCUCGGUGUCUGUGACUGUCGAACAUUUGGGAUGUCUGUGUUUGUUGAUGAAACAGUUCUGCAGAAAUACUAUUUUUGAUGUCAUGCAUGAGGUGUAACGUGACUAAAUACAUUCAGCUGUUUUUGAUCCUCAAAAAUUGUUGCCCCUUUCACCAGCAGCAAUCCCUCCAGGUGAGCGAGUGUUACAUACUCCAUUGAAGCUGUGGAUAUUUUUCCUGUACACAUGGUUUCUGUGUUGAAUAAAAACGUAUUGUGCUGUGAA